CAUCCAUUUUGGUUUUUAACGGUGACAAGUGACUUUUUGUAGUUAUUGUUGAUCAAGAAAGGAGGACAGAUGAUCUAUGGAGGGCCACUUGGUUUUAACUCUCAGAAAAUGAUAGAUUAUUUUGAGGCUAUAUCAGGUGUUCCUAAAAUCAAAGAUGGAUCUAAUCCAGCUACAUGGAUGUUGGAGAUCAGCACUGCAGCUGUUGAGUCACAACUUGGAGUUGAUUUUGCAGAUAUCUAUGCCAACUCUUCACUUUAUCAGAGGAAUCAAGAACUGGUAAAAGAGCUCAGCACCCCGCCUCCGGGUUCAAAAGACCUUCAAUUCCCGACCAAAUACUCGCAAUCAUUUGUUGAGCAAUGCAAAGCUUGUUUUUGGAAACAACACUGGUCUUAUUGGAGGAACCCACAGUACAAUACUAUCCGGUUGUUCAUAACAAUAUUUACGGGCGUUUUCCUUGGACUUACCUUUUGGGACAAAGGGAACAAAUUCAAAAAACAGCAGGAUUUGCAGAACAUUAUGGGAGCCAUCUUUUCUGCCAUAAUCUUCAUUGGAGCUACAAACACGACGACUGUGUUGCCUAUUGUUGGUGUGGAGAGAACAGUUUACUAUCGGGAACGUGCAGCUGGGAUGUACUCAGCUUUGCCCUAUGCAUUUGCUCAGGGAGGUAUAGAAGCAAUAUAUGUGGCUGUGCAGACCAUUUUCUACUGUCUUUUGAUAUACCCAAUGAUUGGAUUUGAGUGGAAAAUUGGAAAGUUUCUAUGGUUCUACUAUUUCUUGUAUAUGUGCUUCCUAUACUUCACAGUGUUUGGAAUGAUGCUUGUAGCAUUGACACCUGGCAUCCAGUUUGCUGCCAUUCUCAUGGCUUUCUUCCUCACCUUUUGGAACCUCUUCUCUGGCUUCCUCAUCCCCAGAACUCAAAUCCCAAUAUGGUGGAGAUGGUACUACUGGGCAUCACCAACGUCAUGGACACUUUACGGGCUCGCGACAUCACAGUUAGGGGAUGAAGAUUGUCUGAUUGAGGUUCCUGGAGCAGCUACCAUGUCAGUAAGACAGAUACUUGAGUUUUACUUAGGUUUUGAUUAUGAUUUUCUUCCCAUUGUCGGUGUAGGCCAUGUUGGCUGGGUUUUCCUCUUUUUCUUUGUAUUUGCAUUAGGCAUCAAGUUCUUGAAUUUCCAAAGAAGAUAAUAAUAAUAAUAAUAAUAAGGUUGUUGUGUUGGG